UUUUUCUUUGUGGCUGGAAAGAAGUGUCACAUUUUGCUCAUUCCCAAGCCUCCCCCACCCCCUUCCCAGACAAUGUGCGUGGUGAGCAGGGGGUGCUGUGAGCUACCUCCAGCCUCCUCUGGUGACUGCUGUAACUUUCAACUCCUCUCAUUGUAACGCUAUGAAGUUCCUCCGGAAGCCCAGGAGCCAGCCAGCUGCUUUUCUACCUCUUUGCUGGCUUUUUUUGAGGAUUCUGCAACCAGGGCAUAGUCACCUUUACAACAACCGCUAUGCUGGUGAUAAGGUGAUAAGACUUAUUCCCAAAACAGAAGAGGAAACAUAUGCACUGAAGAAAAUACAUCACCAAUUCAAGGUGGACCUGUGGCAGCCCAGCAGUAUCUCCUAUGUAACAGAGGGAACAGUUACCGAUGUCCAUAUUUCUCAAAAUGCUUCCCGAGCCCUGUUAGCCUUCUUACAAGAAGCCAACAUCCAGUACAAGAUUCUCGUAGAAGAUCUUCAGAAAGUGCUGGAAAAUGGAAACAGUUUGCCAACCCAGAGAAACAGAAGAUCCCUGUCUGAAUAUAAUUAUGAAGUGUACCACUCCUUAGAAGAAAUUCAGAGUUGGAUGCAUCAUCUGAAUAAAACUCAUUCAGGCCUUAUUCAUAUGUUUUCUAUUGGAAGAUCAUAUGAAGGAAGACCGCUAUUUAUUUUAAAGCUGGGCAGAAAAUCACGAGCUGACAAAAGAGCUGUCUGGAUGGACUGUGGUAUUCAUGCAAGAGAAUGGAUUGGUCCUGCCUUUUGUCAGUGGUUUGUGAGAGAAGCCCUUCUAACAUAUAGGAGUGAUGCAGCCAUGAGAAAAAUGUUAAAACAUCUGUAUUUCUAUAUCAUGCCUGUCUUUAAUGUUGAUGGAUACCAUUAUAGCUGGACACAUGAUCGAUUUUGGAGAAAAACAAGGUCAAGGAACUUAAGGUUCCACUGCCGUGGAGUAGAUGCCAAUCGUAACUGGAAAGUGAAGUGGUGUGAUGAAGGGGCCUCUAUGCACCCUUGUGACGAUACCUACUGUGGCCCUUUCCCAGAAUCUGAGCCAGAAGUGAAGGCUGUAGCUAACUUCCUCCGAAAACACAGAAAGCACAUUCGGGCUUACCUCUCCUUUCAUGCAUAUGCUCAGAUGUUGUUGUAUCCCUAUUCUUACAAAUACGCAACAAUCCCCAAUUUUAACUGUGUGGAAUCUGCAGCUUAUAAAGCAGUGAAAGCACUUCGAUCAGUAUAUGGAGUACGGUACAGAUAUGGGCCUGCCUCCAGAACAUUGUAUGUAAGUUCUGGUAGCUCAAUGGAUUGGGCUUACAAAAAUGGAAUACCCUAUGCAUUUGCCUUUGAACUACGUGACACUGGGCAUUUUGGAUUUUUACUCCCAGAGAUGCUCAUCAGACCUACUUGUACAGAGACCAUGCUGGCUGUGAAGAAUAUCACAAUGCACCUGCUAAAAAAGUGUCCCUGAUAGGACUCCAGGGUCAGGUCAACAACCAAAGAGAGAGCUGAUUUUCACCAAAGGCUGCUUGGCACUGGGUUGAAAUUGUUUUUAAAGAGAAGGGCAACCUUUUAGAAUGAACAUAACUAUGGACUUUAAAAGGAUUUUCUUAGUGCAAUUUGAUACUUUGUAAUAAUACAAAAUGGUAAAAUUUAGGGCAUAGCCUAGCUUGUUAUAAGAAAAAGCAUCUAGCUGGGCAUGGUGGUGCAUACUUGUAAUCCCAGCUACUAAGGAGGCUGAGGCAGGAGGAUUGCAAAUUCAAGGCUAGCUGGGAAACUUAGCAAGAUCUGUUUCAAAAUAAAUUUUUCUUAAAAAGGAUGGAGAGUAUAUCUCAGUGAUAGAGCACUUGCUUAGCAUGUGUGAGACUCUGGGUUCAAUCCCCAGUAUUGCAAAAGAAAAAGCAUCCAUUUUAUGUCUUGAUUACAGGGAAUGUUUUCAAAUUCCUUUGUCUCAAGAAAUGUACAAAUAAAUCAUGGCUUUAGCUUCAAUAAAUGUCAGGCCCUCAU